ACUCAUCAAGUAUUCAUAUCUCAGCAUUGUGCCACAUUACAGGCAAACGACAUAACAAAUACCAUCGUAACGUGCCAUCCUUACUUCAAUCUUCGAACAUCCUCUACGACUUUGGCGCUAUGUCUCCGCAGCUACUUGUUAUCACCGGUGUCUCAGGGCAUGUGGGCUUCCGCGUGCUCGUUGAAGCUCUCAGCAGAGGGUACAAUGCUCGAGCUGUGAUUCGCAAUGCAUCACAGACCGAUCAAAUCAAGGCCACCGAUUCCGUGAAGCCGUACUUGACCCAGGUUGAGUUCGUAGUAGUCCCGGACCUGCUCGUUCCAGGUGCCUUCGAUGGCGUACUUGACGGCGCGGACUGUGUAGUCCACGUUGCCUCUCCACUUCCUUCAGCAAGCCAGGAAUUCAAGCGCGACCUGAUCGAACCAGCCGUUAACGCAACCUUGGGCAUUCUCAAGGCGGCAAAGAAGGUCUCGAAAAUCAAGAGAGUUGUUAUUACCUCUUCGAUCGCUUCUCUUAUAACUUGGGACUACCUUGUAUCAUCUGAUAUCACGAAAGUGUUCACUGUGCGAGACACUUACACCCCAGCCAACCUUAACGGUCCCUUCGCAAACGCCAUGGACGCUUACGGUGUCUCAAAGGCAGCAGCCCUUGCCGCCACGGAGCGCUUUAUUCAGGAAGAGAAGUCGCACUUUGAAGUUGUCAGCAUUCUACCCAGCAUGGUGACCGGAAAAAACGAGCUGAACCGCACGCCCGAGGAUGUCGGUAAAGGCAGCAACGGCACCACCCUUGGCGUUUUGCUAAACAACAAGAGCGAUACCCCAAGUCUCGGUGUGUCAGUCCACGUAAACGACGUGGCAAGAGCACAUAUCGACGCGCUGGACCCUGCGAUCCAGGGCAAUCGCAACUACCUCUGCUCUUCGGGCGGAGUCGAGGGCACCACCUGGGAGGACGCCAAGGAUAUCGUCAGACGGAACUUCCCUAAGGCCGUGGCUGACGGCAUUUUCCCCCUUGAGGGGAGCCAGCCUUCGCGGCCUAUUCGCCUAGACUCGUCUGAUACGGAAGAAGUCUUUGGGUGGAAGUUUGCAAGCUUUGAGGAGCAGGAUACGCUGACAACAACGUGUCCUUUGGUGAAGGAACCCCAUAUGCAAGAGGACACGCUGGUCAACGAUGAUCAACUUGCGAAUCGGCGAGCGCGUGGAAGACGGGCUCAGCGGGAGUUCCGCCAGAGACAGAUUGACACCAUCAACGAGCUCCGGGCCGGCAAAGAGUCCAUGCAGGCCGCCAUCGCCUCAAUAGCGCGCGCUGCGGCUCAGCAGGACAGCGCUGGAAUGUCUGCAGCAGUGCGCGACGCGUGUCGACUCGCUGGGGUCGAAAUACCCCAAGAGCCAGGCUUGUCCCGUGUAGACCCCCCGAGUUGCUCUGUCCGUGAUGAGCCCCCGGCGCAGGAAUCAUCAGAGGUGGCCGGCGCCACAACGGUUUCAUGGGAACAGGAGCCAGGCACCACUAAUAUUCAAAGCCAGUCUCCUCCCAUAUUGGGCAGAGCUCCCUAUGCAGGUGGACUAGGCGUUGAGAAAUCCCAUCAUCAAUCCCAUCAUCAAUCGGGAAGAAUGUCGCCAACACUCGGCUAUGGCCUCUGGUUCGGCCCCGAGACUUCCAUCCCAAUCGAGUAUCCGCCCAUGGACAUUGUUCCAUAUCUCCAAGGCGGCUCUUCGCUCGCCAUCACUGUGUUCUGGACCAGCCUCUCCUGGGGCUUCCAAAUACUCGGCGCCGCGCUCGGAGGGAACGUUGAGGCGGUGGCUACAGCCCAAAACAUAUUCAGUGCUAUUAUCUCCACCAGUCCUGGCCGAGAUGUCUUGAACGGCAUCCACGCCCGCCUGAUAUAUCGCAAGACGGGGACGAUUGAUCGAGACCAUCCCGGCAACAAGCCAGAGCAGGCCCCAGGGAUAUUGGCAGCCAUGGCCAGGUUAUGCGAAAACAACGGCACCCCAUUAGAGACUUUCCUAACGCCCAUUGCGAUGGAGGAUCUGCUGAGGAACAGGCUAGGUCCUGCUUACGAUGUGAUUGAUCGGGCCGUGCGCGGGUAUGGCUCGCUAGAGGAAAUAGCCCGCCUUCGUGGGCUGGUUCAGAUGAUGACUAUAAGUAGUAUAUGUCUCGGGGACGGGCCACGGUGGCCAACUGAGAAGGCGGAGGACGUGGUUACGUAUUGGGCUCAUAGCGCCGGUUUACAUAUAUGUUGAUAAGUAAUAGUAGAUUUAAAUAGGGUCAGUAUUUAUUAAUUAAAAC